AUGGUAUCAGAAGCCCUUCCGACCUCCCCUACUUCUUCACAACCUUCGGGUAUUCCAGUGUCUUCUUCCUCUUCAGCGCUUAACCAUGCUCAUCACUUCAUAUCUAUCAAACUAUCAGCGACAAAUUGCUUAUUUUGGCGAACGCAAUGGUUGCCUUUAUUUCGUGGCCAAAACCUCUAUGGUUACAUCAAAGGAAGCCACCGUUGCCCUUCUGCCUCAAUUUUUAUAGACAUACAGACACUUCCAAUCGAAACCCAGCAUAUACACAAAACAUUGCCACUAGCCAUUGGACUGAACACCUCAAAAGCGGUCUGGGAUGAUCUCGCGGCUUCUUUAUCUUCUCCAUCCAACACACACAUUCUUAACCUUCAUAUGCAACUACAAAAUCUGAAACAAGAUGACCUUACUGUCACUCAAUAUUUACAGAAGGCUAAACUCAUCUCUGAUGAAUUAGUUGCGGCUGGUCGCCCUCUUUCUCUUGUUGAUCAUAACAUCUAUAUCUUUAAGGGUCUCCACUCUGAAUUUAAGGACCUCGUUAUUACACUUUCUGCACGACCUGAACCAGUGACUUUUUCCGAGCUCCAUAGUCUUCUUUUCAACCAUGAUUUUAUCCAUGGUUCAUCAUUGUCUACACUAUCUAUUUCAUCCACCGGACAACAUGAUACCUCGAACACACAAGUUUCCUCGGGUAAAUUCACUCAACGCAAUAAUAACUCUGAUCGUUCCUUUAAUUCUAAUCCUAAUAGGGGUCAUGGCAGAUAUAACAGAGGACGUGGUGGCAGAGGUGGUCACUCCUACAAUUCACGGAAUUAUCACCUAACAAUACACAAACCUGACAGUCUCUAG